GUCUUCUUCCCAGAUUGUUGGUUUUAGGAAGAUGUGAUGGGAGGAAAAAGUGCAUCCAAAAUCAAAGUAGAAACAAGGGUUGAUAAGCGGAUUGAGUCAGAGGAGUCAGGAGACGAAGAAGGGAAGAAGCAAGCAGUUCGCUUAGUGACAGACCUCAGUCAGCAGAGCCUGAGAGAUGAGCAGAAUGGAGAGAACUCCACAGAAGAAGCAGAGACACCAGUGGACAUGGAAACAAUUAGCCUGGACCCAGAAGCUGAGGAUGUUGACUUGAAUCAUUUCCGAAUUGGGAAGAUUGAAGGAUUUGAGGUGCUCAAGAAAGUGAAGACUCUGUGUCUCCGUCAGAAUUUGAUUAAGCGCAUUGAGAACCUGGAGCAGUUGCAGACCUUGCGGGAACUGGAUCUCUAUGACAAUCAAAUUCGGAAGAUUGAGAACUUGGAGUCUCUAGUGGAACUUGAGAUCCUGGACAUCUCCUUUAACGUUCUGCGACACAUUGAAGGACUAGAUCGGUUUAGCCAACUUAAAAAACUCUUCCUUGUCAACAACAAAAUCAGCAAAAUUGAGAAUUUGAGCAACUUGCAGAUGCUACAGAUGUUAGAGUUGGGAUCAAAUCGAAUUCGGGUAAUUGAAAACAUUGAUGCCUUGGCUAAUCUUGACAGUCUGUUCCUUGGAAAGAAUAAAAUCACCAAGCUCCAGAACUUGGAUGCGCUGACAAACUUGACUGUGCUCAGUAUACAGAAUAACCGUCUGACUAAGAUUGAGGGGCUGCAGAGCUUGGUGAAUCUGCGUGAGUUGUACCUCAGCCACAAUGGCAUCGAAGUCAUCGAGGGACUGGAGAACAAUAACAAACUCACAAUGCUGGACAUUGCAGCCAACAGAAUCAAGAAGAUUGAAAAUGUCAGUCACCUCACAGAGCUGCAGGAAUUCUGGGUAAGCACAG